UUGAGGCAAGCAAGAAAAUUGCAAUUAAAGUAAAUUUAUUUAAAUAUGUUAAAAAUUUCAGGAAGGUUCCGGCAUGGAUAAUGAUUUAUUAACUUUAAAUAAUCCCUGGACUCGUGUAUCAAAAUAUGAACAAAAUGUUUUCAUCAUGGAAGAAAAAAUUGAAUCACUGUCCAAAACCUUUAAUCAAUUAGAGCUGAAAAUUAACAAUCUUAUAAAUGAUAAUAUGGAUUUAUUGGAAAACAAUUUUCAGAAAAUAAUGAAUGAUAAAAUAACAGAAAUAAAUCAAAUAGCGGAAGAGAAAAUAAAAUUAAUUAGUAACAGCAAACCAUCUUAUAAUGUGCACGAACUGAAGUGCUCCAAUAAUCGUUUACCAAAAAGCUGUCAUGAUCUUAACGAAUGCAAUAGCAAUGUCUACAGUAUAAUGGUGCCAGAAUUCAGCCCUAAACCUUUUCCAGCUUCAUGUGAUUUUAAAACCCUUAAUGGCGGUUGGACCAUCAUACAGAGACGUCAAGAUGGUUCGGAAAAUUUUUACAGAAAUUGGACUGAUUAUGUUGAAGGAUUUGGAAAUAUGAACGGUGAAUUUUUCAUAGGCUUAGAAAAACUUUACGCUCUUACCUCACUGGAUGAGCCUCAAGAAUUGUAUAUCACUUUCGAAGACUUUGAAGGAGCAAAGAGAUAUGCUAAAUACAGAGAAUUUAAAGUUGGUUCUAAAAGCACUGAAUACAAAUUAACCGUGGGUCAAUAUUCUGGAGAUGCCAAUGAUUGUUUUAGUCAACAUAGUGGCCACAAAUUUUCUACCCCAGAUCGUGAUAAUGAUAUUCAUUCUACGAAAAACUGUGCCGAAUACUGGAAGGGUGCUUGGUGGUAUACAAAUUGUUUUCAUAGCAAUUUAAAUGGUUUGUAUUUGGCCGGAAAAGUAGCCUCCACAAAACGGGGUAUCUCCUGGUGUGGCUUUCGGAAAUACGAAUACUCUCUUAAGUCGGUACAAAUGAUGAUACGUCCAAAGAGAGACUGAAUCAUCAAACUGUUGUAAUUAGUUGUGUGAAUUGACUUAAAUAUUAUAUUAAUAAACGAUUGUGUGCUGAAAA